AUGUCGUCGCCUGGUACACAUUUAACCCCAGGCAAUAAUACCGAAGCACGGAAAUUGACGCGUCAAGUCAACGAGGAACUUUCCAAAAUAUGCGUCGAGAACAAAAAGCGGUUCAUGUUCUUCGCCUCGCUCCCUUUGCCCGAUAUCGAAGGUUCACUGGCCGAGAUUGACCAUGCGCUGGAUAAUCUAGGUGCGAUCGGAUUUCAGAUAUUGACCAAUUCUCAUGGAAUAUAUCCCGGGGAUGAACGACUGAAGCCGAUUUUCGAGAAAUUGAAUCAGCGCGCUACCAUUGCUUUCUUUCAUCCAACCAGCUGCAAUAUUCAAAACAUCAACAAUGGCUCAGUGGAGCAUGUAACUCCGAUGCAUGGAGUGCCCAGUCCGGUCAUGGAAUUCAUGUUUGACACAAGCCGUGCUCUGGCUAGUCUCUUGACCUCUGGAACAGUGGCUAGAUGCCCCAAGAUCAGAUACAUCGUCUGUCAUUGCGGAGCAGCUUUCCCACCCCUUGUUUCACGUAUCGCUGAAUUUUCCGCAUUCCUCUUGGGGAAAUCGAUUACGGAAGACGAGAUUAAACAGCUCCUGCAAAAUCAUUUUUUCAUAGAUCUUGCUGGGGUUCCAUUUCCCGACCAGAUUCAUGGUAUACUGCGAUUGGUAGAUUCAUCCAGGUUACUAUAUGGAAGUGAUUACCCAUAUACUCCAGCACCCUUAGCUGAAAGCCUUGCUAAGAGGCUUGACGAAGGACUAGGGGCUAUAUUUGAUUCUCAGACGAGUAGACGGAUUGUAUUCCAGAAUGCCCAGGAUCUGAUUUCUUCAAAGGGGCCUACAUUUUGA